AUGUCGCCAAAAUCCAAAGCCAGCAAAAAGCCUGUGUCAGAGAAGACGGCCCUGGUCGAUAACAGAAAUGACACCUCUGGAUAUCAGGUGCCUACCAAGGGCAUUUUGUCCAAGCUCCCGGCAUCAUGGGUGCCCUAUGCUGAGCUGAUCCGUCUGGAGCAGCCGCAUGGCAACUACAUGAUCUACUUCCCACACAUCGUCGGGUUGAUGUACGCCACAGCGAUCCGCCCAACACCUGUGUCGGUUCUGGUACACCGUGCUGGCAUCUUCGCCAUCUGGACAUUCUUCAUGCGCGGCGCGGGCUGCGCGUGGAACGACAAUGUUGACCAGGAGUUUGACCGCAAGACGGCACGCUGCAGGGUCCGUCCUAUUGCUCGUGGCGCCGUUUCAACCACCCAAGGACAUAUCUUUACACUUCUUCUUGUCCUGGCUGGCUUUGCUUCCAUUGCCACACUCCCAAUCGAAUGCACAUAUGUGGGCAUUGGCACCACCAUUCUGUCCACCAUCUACCCCUUUGGCAAGCGCUUCACCAACUUUGCCCAGGUCAUCCUGGGCUCCACGCUGGCCUCGACCAUUGCGCUGUCUGCCUACUCCAUUGGCCUUCCUGCCCUGAACAGCCACUACAUCAUUCCUACCCUGUGCCUAUCGGCUACUAUCAUGCUCCUUGUCGUCUUCUACGAUGUGGUGUAUGCGCGCCAGGACACCGCAGACGACCUUAAGUCUGGCGUGAAGGGUAUGGCCGUCCGCUUCAGGAACCAUCUCGAGGGUCUUUUUGCUGUCAUCACAAUUUCGAUCGCCGGCUUCCUGACUACUCUGGGUGGGAUGGUCGGUAUGGGCCAUUGGUACUACGUCUUCUCUGUGGGCGGUCUGACUUUUGGCCUGGUGAGCAUGAUUGCUCUCACGCACUGGCAGCUGCUGCCGAGCUGGGCUGGCAAGUCCGGGUACGCGUACGCCUUUGCGAUUCUCAGUCUUCUGACCGGAUUUAUCGUGGAGUACUGUGUCAAGGACAAUGUUCAGUAA